AUGGCAAUUCAGGGUGGAUGGGAAUAUGUCUAUAUCAAGAAUGAUAAGACAAGGUUAAGGGUGGUGUGCAAGGAGGAUAACUGCCCAUUUUUUCUGUUUGCCUCGAAGAUGCAACAUGAAAGCACUAUUCAGAUGAAGGAGUAUGUUCUUGAACACAAGUGCACAAGGAAGUUUAACAAUAGCAUAGUAAGGAUGAGGUACCUCACUGCAAGGUUCAAGGACCAGAUUGCUCUGAACCAAGAGAUAACUCCAGAUUCUCUAGCGAAGACCAUGUCAGCUAGCAUUAGAGCUAGGGUUUCAAGGUCAAUGGCUUAUAGAGCUAAAAGAAUUGCCCUAUUGGAGGUUGAGGGAUCCAUUAGAGAGCAGUAUGAUAGGUUGAGGGAUUAUGGGAUGGAGCUGCAGAGAGUUGAUCCAGCAACAUCCAUCGACAUAAAGUGUGACUUCAACAACAAAAAGAAGCUACCCAUUUUCAAAAGAAUGUACAUUUGCUUAGGAGCCUUAAAGAAUGGGUUCAAGGCUGGGUGUAGAGCAGUGAUUGGGCUGGAUGGAGCACAUCUUAAGAGCUGCUUUGGGGGUCAGCUUCUAACAGCUGUGGGGAUUGAUGCCAACAACACUUCUUGGGUUGUGGCAUAUGCAAUGGUGGAGCUGGAGACAAAGGAUAGCUGGAUUUGGUUUCUUGAACUGUUGGUGAAGGAUUUGAGUAUUGAGAAUGAUGGUGCAGGCUGGACUUUUAUUAGUGAUAAACAGAAAGGGUUGAAACCUGCCUUUGAGGAUGUUGUUCCAUCUGCUAGCAUCAGAUUUUGUGCAAGACAUUUAUGGACAAACUUCACUAAGUUGUUUCCGGGAAAGGUUAUGAAGGACCAGAUGUGGAAAGCAGCAAAGUCAACAACCUUGCCUUACUUUCUCAAGGAAAUGGAGGAGAUGAAGUCCCUUGAUGUUGAUGCUUAUAAUUGGUUGACAGCACCCGAGAGGCCACCCAAACAUUGGUCCAGGGUAUAUUUCAGAACAUGCAACAAUUGUGACAUCCUCAUUAACAACAUGUGUGAGAGCUUUAAUGCCCUUAUUCUAGAGGCAAGGGGUAAGCCUCCUAUCACUAUGUUUGAAGAGAUAAGGAUGAAGUUAAUGAGGAGGAUUCAAAUUAGGAAGGACAAGAUGGCAACAUAUCAUGGAAAUAUCUGCCCAAAGGCCAGAAAUGUGAUUGAGAAGAAUAAGGUAAAGGCUGCUGAAGAUUGCAUUUCAAUAUUCAAUGGUGGGGACCAAGCAGAAGUGGAGAACAUUGAGGGCUCCAAGAAUGUUGUUGACCUUGCUGCAAGGACAUGCAGCUGCCGGAGGUGGGAUUUGACUGGAAUCCCAUGCAAGCACGCCAUUUCUGCAAUAUUUGGGAAGAGGGAGGAUGUUGAUCACUAUGUGGCAGAUUGCUACCUCAAGAGCACAUAUAUGACUAUCUACUCAAACUUGUUCAUGCCUGUUAAUAGCAUGGAUAUGUGGUCAAGAAGUGAAGAACCAACAAUCUUACCUCCUCAAUACUCAAGGCAACCAGGUAGGCCAAAGACUAAGAGAAUCAAGGAUCCUUCUGAAAAGCUUCAAGAUAGUGUUGGUAAACUUGGAAGGGUGCAAAGGUCAUUCAAGUGUGGCAACUACAACCAAGUAGGACAUAAUGUCAAAACUUGUCAGAGGCAUUUGCCUCCAAAAGAGAAGAAGACUUCAGUUGUUUCUAAGAAGAGGAAGGAAAAUAAUGAAGCUGGUCAAGGUUCUGGAAAUCAGUCCAAGAGAGGAAAAAAGGGUCCUAUGACUGCCAAUGAGUUGAGGCAGAAAGUGAAGGAAAGAGCUGAGUAUCAAAGGAAAAAGUGGGUUGCACAAAAGGUAGCAAGCUUGGCAGAAAACAGGUGUGCCCCAACAAGAGGGAGGCCUAGACAAGCCACAUCUGCCCCAACUGCCUCAAGGCAUGUUCAAGCUACCUCAACCACCAUUACCUCAAGGCCUCCACAAGCUCCUAGGGCAUCAACCAAGCAAGUUGCAACACCAACAAGAUCAUCCCAAAGGAUCAGAGAAAAUUCUGGUAAGGGAGAGGGAAAAUAG